CGGGGACCGGCUCCGCACUCGGCGGUGGCAUGGCUGGCUCGCAUUUUUUGGGGCCGAUUUUUUUUAGCCACUCGUCAGAGAAGGCAGAAGAGUCAUACUCGACACAACUCCAUGUGCGCCCAGUUACAAUGAGGCCAAUUGAAGUCGCCAGGCGCUCAGGAGCGUUGGCGAGGGGCGCCCUCCAUCGACAACAACUCCGCUGCGCCCCGACUUAUACGCAGACUCGCCGCCUUCUUUCCACCGGCCCCGCCCUGCCUCCCGUGUACGAGACACUCUACACGAAAUACGCCGAAGUCAGACGGGUCCUCGGGUCACAGAGGCUCACCCUCGCCGAAAAGAUCCUCUACAGCCAUUUGAACAACGUCGAGGAGACCCUCCUGACCAACACCAACAAUGGCCGCGACAUCCGAGGCAAGGCCAACCUGCCGCUCAAGCCCGACCGGGUCAACAUGCAGGAUGCUUCUGCACAGAUGGCCCUGCUGCAGUUUAUGGCCUGCAACCUCCCCCAGACCGCGAUACCCGCGAGCAUCCACUGCGACCACUUGAUUGUUGGUGAGCAGGGCGCCGACAAGGACCUGUCUGCCGGUCUGAGUGCAAACCAGGAGGUCUUCGACUUCCUCGAGUCUGCGGGCAAGAAGUACGGCAUCGACUUUUGGCCUCCCGGAGCGGGUAUCAUACACCAGACCGUGCUGGAGAACUAUGCCCGGCCGGGCCUGAUGAUGCUGGGCACCGACAGCCAUACGCCCAACGCCGGUGGUCUCUGCACUAUCGCCAUCGGUGUCGGUGGUGCCGAUGCCGUCGAGGCCCUUGUUGGCGCGCCUUGGGAGCUCAAGGCCCCAAAGGUCCUGGGCGUGCGUUUGACGGGCAAGCUCGGCGAAUGGGCCUCUCCCAAGGACAUUAUCCUGCACCUGGCUGGCAAGUUGACCGUCCGUGGCGGAACGGGUUAUAUUGUCGAGUAUUUUGGUCCUGGUGUUGAGACACUUAGCUGCACCGGAAUGGCUACAGUGUCCAACAUGGGUGCUGAAGUCGGUGCGACAACUUCCGUAUUCCCCUUCACUGAAGCUUCCGCGAGGUAUCUCGAGGCCACCAGGAGAGGAGACUUGGCCAGUGCGGCCAAGAUCUUCCAGGGCUUCCCCGGGGUCGGCAACUCGGAAGACGCAUACUUCAGGUUCAAGGCCGACGAGGGGGUGGAGUACGACCAACUGAUCGAGAUCAACCUUUCAGAGCUGGAGCCACACAUCAACGGACCUCACACGCCAGAUCUGUCCACGCCCCUGUCCCAGUUCAAGAAGACAGUGCAAGAGGAGCACUGGCCUGAGAAAGUCUCCGCGGGCCUCAUUGGUAGCUGCACGAACAGCUCGUAUGAGGACAUGACCAGGGUCGAGAGCAUGGUCAAGGCCGCCGAGGAAGCUGGACUGAAGCCCGCCACUGAUUUCUACGUCACGCCAGGCAGUGAGCAAAUCCGAGCAACUCUAGAGCGUGACGGUGUCUUGGAAUCAUUCACCGGCGCGGGCGGCAUCGUACUGUCAAAUGCAUGUGGGCCCUGCAUUGGACAGUGGAAGCGACGAGACGGUGUUGACAAGGGCACGCCAAACGCGAUUUUCACAUCCUAUAACCGGAAUUUCCGCGGCCGGAAUGAUGGCAACCUCGAAACCAUGAACUUCCUCGCAUCUCCCGAGAUAGUCACCGCGAUGGCCUUUGCCGGCUCUACCACCUUCAACCCCAUGACAGAUACACUCAAGACGCCUGACGGCAAGGAGUUCCGGUUUCCCGCACCAAGGGGAAUGGAAGACCCCAAGACCCCCUUUGAGAACGGAAACGAGGCAUUCAAGGUCGCAUCACAAAAGCCCGACCCAAGCGUGCCAGUCGCCAUCUCCCCUACCUCGGAGCGCCUUGCCCUCCUGGACCCGUUCGAGCCGUUCCCUGACUCCGACCUGACCGGUCUCCAAGUCCUCGUAAAGGUCAAGGGCAAGUGUACGACCGACACAAUUUCCGCAGCAGGACCCUGGCUCAAGUACAAGGGCCACCUCCCGAACAUCGCCACCAACACGCUCAACACGGCUGUGAACGCGGCUACCGACGAGGUGAACGCGGCGUAUGACUUCGACGGCAGCAAGCACACGAUCCCAGACCUGAUGAAGAAGUGGAAGGAGGAGAAGCGACAGUGGCUCGUGGUGGCGGAGCACAACUAUGGCGAAGGCUCCGCCCGAGAGCACGCGGCGCUGCAGCCGCGGUACCUGGGCGCUCGGAUAAUCGUGUGCAAGAGCUUCGCCCGCAUCCAUGAGACGAACCUCAAGAAACAGGGCGUGGUGCCGCUGACGUUCGCCAACGAGGCUGACUACGACAGGAUCGAUGCGUGCGACGAGGUCGCCACCGUGGGGCUGUACGAGAUGCUUCGCAACCAGGGCUGCGGCGACGUGCAGCUCAAGGUGACCAAGAGGAAGACAGGCGAGGAGUUCCUCAUCCCCGUCAAGCACGCUGUAAGCAAGGACCAGGCCGGUUUCAUCCUGGCAGGGAGUGCUCUGAACCUGCUCUCCAAGGGCAUUUGAGCGAGGACAGUCUUUGGGACAGUCUUUGGCAUUUGAUCAAAAGUGAGAACUAAAAAAGUGAAAGGAAUCUUGGUAGUGAUACCAGGGGAGGAGUUGUGUGCUUUUUGGAAUGUAUAUAUGAAAUGGCGCAUAUGUCUGACAGCUCGGGCGUUGCUGGCUUUUGACAAUUGAGACAAAGCUUUCGGGUGAUUUUUGAGGCUGUGUGCAUCGAGUCUGCCCGGGGAUUUGGAACGGUGAGGUCUCACUGUCAACAUCUGCUGACAUUGCCGGUCAUUCUACAAAGGAUGCCGAUCGCAGACUUGUACUCUCAGGAGACAAUCUGAGCAGGUGAAGUCUGAGUGAGACAACUUCCUGGUCAAUAAAUCGUUCCGAUUAAAGGGGGCCACCUGAGGAUCUAGAGCCUCGCGCCAGACCUGACCCUCAGUUGCAAUUUAGUUUUGAAUAUGAUUGUUUGAUACUUGGGCGAGAGAGUCUUCAACAUGCUUCUCAACACUGAAUUCCAGAGGACUCAGGGGCGAUCAAGGAAUGAAAAGAAGCGAUUCGAUGUG